UGAUUGCGUCCUACCACCAAGUCCAGUGACGUCCCGGCCGCCACGCUCUUGACCCUUCUCUCUAUCGCUGACAUGAGCGCGCUGUACGGAAAAGUCGACAGCGAGUCUCAAGAGGAUUUGAUCGAGGCGCCCCCAAGGCCGAAACGACGCCUCGCAUCCGCGCGAUGGUGCCCAUGGCUCAUCCACACAAGCUUGUUCUGCCUGUGGCUGAUAUUGUUCGUCUCACUCCGACCCUCCACCUAUCGACAGCAAUCGACUCCAUCACCCGCGGACGAGGCUAUAGAAUACCGCUCAAUGUUGUUCAACGGCUCGGUGACACAUCCGUCCAUCUUCGAGGGCCAUCCGUCAGCCGAGCUCGAUGCUGCAUGGGAUAGAAUCACAAAGAUCCGGCUGAUAGCGGUCACGGAUGAUGACCUCUCACGAUCAGGAAAGUCAGCUGCACCAUCAAUGCUCAAAUACAAGAAGGGCGGAGGGUAUGCUGCUGAGCUACAGGUCGUGCAUGAACUGCACUGUCUGAAUAUGUUGCGCCAAGCCACAUACCCCGAUUCCUACGAUCAUAAUGAGACUACUCCCGAAGUGUGGCGGAGCCAUCUGGACCACUGUGUCGAGAUGCUGCGACAGCAGAUCAUGUGCACCGGGGACGUCGGGCUGCUAGUUUUCCACUGGGUGGAGGGCCACGUUAACCCUUGGCCUGACUACAAUACAUGGCAUCAAUGCAGGGACUACGAGAAGAUCCUAGCGUGGCGGGACGAGCACGAAUCGCAUCUCCCGUUGGAGCUAUCUGAAGGAAUUGUCCGUCUCAAGGAAACGCCGUAACAUGUACAGUACGUGAGUACGCUGUGGUCUUACAGCAUC